AUGGCAAAAGAGAUGUCCAAAGACACUUCAAAUGUUAAAGCUUUCAUUGCAAAUGCCUAUGAUCUGAAAUGGGCAGAAAAAUGCAGAAAAGUAAUGGAAGCUGCAGAAGAAAGACAGAGACAGAUUGAAGAAGAGGAAGAAGAAGAAGAAAGAUUGAAGGAAUCAUAUGAUACAAUGAACAGAGAGAUCAAUAAGUACACUGAUUCAAACUGCGAACAAGUUGUAGCAAUGAAUACACUCAAAGGAGCUUACAUAAGACAGCUUGAUAAUGUCAACUUCCACAUAAAGAAGUGUGCUGAGCUGGAAUUAAAGCUGGAAACACAAAGAAUCGAAACUGAAAGAGUCAACAAGAUCUAUCCGAUUGUUGAGGAAUUGAAGACAUUUGAAGAAGUAAAGACUUCAGAAGAAAAGAAAUCUGUGACAGAAGACGAAGAUGAAGUGAAAAUUUCUGCGCAGCAAGACCCGUCUUCUAUGGGCACGAUUCAGUUGUGUACGCAUCUCCGUUAUAUGGAUGGUGAUGCCACCAAUAUGCCUGGUGAUGAUAAUACUGUUAUAACCUCACCUAGUGCUACCUUGGUUAGCAAAAUUGAUGCUAGUGAUCCGUUGUUUCUUCACCCUAGUGACUCUGCUAAUUUAUCUAUUGUCAGUGUAAAACUUAAAGGGUCAGAAAACUAUAGGAUCUGGUCCAAUGCCAUGUAUCUUGCUUUACAAUUAAAAAACAAAAUAGGGUUUGUUGAUGGUUCUUGUCUUAGGUCUAAAACUGAUGAGGUUUUGGGUAGGCAAUGGGAUAGGUGCAACUCUAUUGUGCUUACUUGGAUUCUUAACUCUGUGUCUGAGGAAUUAUAUCUUGGUCUUGUUUAUUCUAAAAUUGCUUCAGAUGUGUGGAAAGACUUAAAGGAUACUUAUGAUAAAAUAGAUGGGUCUGUUGUGUUUAAUAUGUAUCAAAAGAUUAAUUCCUUCAGUCAAAAUGGCAUGCCUGUUUCUGAAUAUUAUCAUAAGUUGAACUGUAUGUGGAAGCAAUUAGAUCAACUACUUACCUUGCCUGCUUGUUCUUGUGAUGCAUCAAAACAAUUUAAUGACUUUAAUCAUCUUAUUAAGCUUAUGCAAUUCUUAAUGGGUCUUGAUAGUUCCUACCAGUCUGUGAGAAUAAACUUAUUAACCAGAGAAACUCUUCCUUCUGUGAAGGAUGACUUUUCAGUCAUCUCUAGAGAAGAAUCUCACCUUCACUCUAAAAAUAUUUUUGAUAAAACUCCUAAUAAUCCUGUUGGUUGUUCAGUUAAAACUGGUCAAGUUAUUGAUUCAAGGAAAAGGAAUAAUAGAACUCCUAACCCUAAUCUUAAAUGUUCUCACUGUAAUAAGACUGGACACACUAUUGAGAAGUGUUUUGAACUUGUUGGUUACCCCUCUUGGAUAAAGUCAAAACCUGGUGGGAACAAGGGUAACAAGGUCAGUAAUAAUGUUACUACUGAUACAACUGAUACAACUCCUUCUAUGAGUUCUUUGUCCAAUGAUCAGAUAGCCCAGUUGCUUAGUCUCUUGAAUGACAAACCUAAGGGUGACACCCAGAAUAGUGGAUUUGCAGGUAUGUGUGCUAAUCCUGUUUGUUUGAAUAGUUUUGUGAAUCUGUCUUCUAAACCUAUUUGUGAUUUCAAACCUGCUUUCUGUUUUUCAAAUUUUAUCAACAAUGGAAAAAAGAUAGGAUGGAUAGUUGAUUCUGGUGCUAAUCAACACAUGGUAAUGACGGAUGAGUAUCUAAUUAAUCAAAAGGAUGUAACUGAGUUCAAUAUCAAAGUUAAACAUCCCAAUGGCACAAGUGCCCUAGUAACUAAAAUUGGUGAUAUUAAAUUAAGUGACAAGGUCAUUCUAUAUGAUGUGUUUGUUGUGCCUGAUUAUUGUGUGAAUUUAAUCUCUGUUCAUAAACUUGCUAGAGAUUGUAAGCUCAUUGUCUCUUUUGAUGAACAAACUUGCUAUAUUCAGGACUCUCAAACAAAGAAAGUCCAAGUGACUAGUAGUCAAUUUGAUGGUCUAUACUUCUGUGGUAGUUCCUCUGUCUCAAAUAAGGUUGGUAACUCUAGUUGUGACAUCAAUCUUUGGCACGCUAGGUUAGGUCAUCCUGCUGAACCUGUUUUGCAUGUUCUUAAAAAUAAUCUCAACAUUAAAACUGGUGCUAAACUAAAUCCUUGUGAAACAUGUCAUAGAGCUAAACAGCAUCGGGAACCUUUCCCUUUAAGUGAUCAUAAAUCUGAAGCUUUAGGAAAUCUUAUUCACCUUGAUGUGUGGGGUCCAUAUAGAGUCCAAAGUAUGAAUGGUUUUCGAUAUUUUCUUACAGUAGUUGAUGAUUACUCUAGAGUUGUGACACCUUCAUCUGUUUUGAGUGGAAAGUCUCCGUAUGAACUUGUGUUUGGUUUCACUCCUGUUCUAGGUCAACUUAGGGUUAUAGGGUGUCUUUGUUUCAGCACUGUGUUAAACAACUCUGAUAAGUUUACCACACAUGCUGAAAAAUGUGUUUUAGUUGGAUAUUCAAAUGAAAAAAAGGGGUACAAACUUUGGAGUUUAGAUCAAAAAAUGAUGUUCUUCCCUAGGGAUGUUAGGUUCUAUGAAACCGUGUUCUCUUUCAAAGAAAAGAAAACAUUUUCAGAUCCUGAUACUCCCACUGAAGUUAACACCCUUAACUUUUUUGACUUAUCUGAUUUAAAUUUCACUCAAAAACCCCAAGUUGACCCAACUACCGACGAUGAGACUUCACACACAAAUACUUCAACAGGUCAUGGGUUUGAGCAGUCUGAAAACGAUUCAGAGAUUGCUUUAGGCAUGGCUGAAAAUCAGCAACCAAGCAAUACAGAGUCGAAUUCGGACAGGGCUGAGCAUGACACUGAACAAGAAGACAAUAAUAAUUCUGAGGGAGAUAUUGGUGAACAAAAUAACACGGUUUUAAGGAGAUCCUCCAGAAACAGUAACUUUCCCUCUAAAUUUGAUGACUUUAUAGUAGAUGGAAAAGUCAAAUAUGGUCUUGAAAAGGUCUUAAAUUAUGCUAAUUUAUCUCCUGAAAGUUUCUGCUUUGCUUCUGUGUUAAAUAAAAGUUGUGAACCUAAAAAUUACUUUGAAGCAAAAAAUGAUGCUAAUUGGGUUGAUGCUAUGAAUUCUGAACUUGAAGCUUUACUUAGAAAUAAAACCUGGGAGAUUGUGGACCUACCACCCAAUCGGAAAGCUAUUGGGUGUAAGUGGGUUUAUAAGAUUAAGUAUAAAUCAAACUGUGAAAUAGAGAGGUAUAAAGCUAGACUGGUUGCGAAAGGGUUCAGUCAAAAGGAAGGCAUUGACUUCUUUGAUACGUUUUCCCCUGUUGUUAAAAUGGUUGCUAUUAGGUGUGUGUUAUCUAUGGUUGUUCACUUUAACUGGGAAAUAUAUCAGCUUGAUAUUAACAAUGCGUUUCUAUAUGGUGACCUGAAUGAAGAAAUUUAUAUGUUCUUACCUGAUGGUUAUAAUCCUUCUUCUGAAUCUAAAGUUUGUAAGUUAAAAAAAUCCUUGUAUGGAUUAAAACAAGCACCAAGGAUGUGGAAUGAGAAACUUGUGUCUGUUCUUGUUGAUCUUGGUUUUAAACAAAGUAAAUGUGAUCACUCCAUGUUUGUCAUGACAAAAGACACGGUUUUUAUUGUCCUUCUUGUCUAUGUGGAUGAUAUUAUUGUAUCUGGGGAUAAUCUUGUUUCAUGGAAAAGUAAGAAGCAGUCCACCGUCUCAAGGUCUUCUGCUGAAGCAGAAUACCGAUCCAUGUGUGCUGCUACAUGCGAGAUUAUUUGGAUCUCAAACCUUUUAAGGGAAUUACAGAUUGAUUCUAAGCUUCCUGUCCAGCUGUAUUGUGAUAAUACGACUGCCAUUUCCAUUGCCGCCAACCCUGUUUUUCAUGAGCGUACCAAACACUUUGAGAUCGACCUUUUCUUCCUAUGA